UCUCUAGCAAAGAUUUCUCUUCUUCUUCUUCUUCUUCUUCUUCCUUUCUGUCAAAGUUGUACGCUCUGCCGCCGCGCAAGCUAUCGGGGCACGAGGAGAACUUUCACCAGGGCGUGCGCAUCAGACACCAUGGUGAAGUACUCCAGAGAGCCCGACAAUCCCACCAAGUCUUGCAAGGCUAGGGGCUCUGAUCUCAGGGUUCACUUCAAGAACACAAGAGAGACAGCCUUUGCAAUCAGAAAGCUGUCUUUGGCCAAAGCGAAGAGUUACCUGGAGGAUGUGCUGGUGCACAAGCAAGCAAUACCAUUCCGACGAUUUUGCUGUGGUGUCGGAAGGACUGCUCAGGCAAAAAACAGGCACUCUAAUGGACAAGGACGGUGGCCAGUGAAAUCGGCUAGAUUCAUUCUUGAUUUGUUGAAGAAUGCCGAGAGUAACGCUGAAGUGAAGGGUUUGGACGUAGAUGCGCUCUAUGUAUCUCAUGUCCAGGUGAACCAGGCUCAGAAGCAGAGGCGCCGCACCUACAGGGCUCACGGAAGAAUCAACCCGUAUAUGUCAUCUCCUUGCCACAUCGAGUUGAUUUUGUCAGAAAAGGAAGAACCCGUGAGGAAAGAGCCGGAGACUCAGUUGGCAACCAGCAAAUCUAAGAAGUCACAAGCUUGAGGCGGCACGUUUCCCUCUCGGGACUCUUUCGAGAGAUGGUCCUCGUGUUUUCUUUUUUAAGGUAGUAUUUAGGAGAUUUGUCGUCAACCUUUGGUACAAGGGGAACGCUUUUUCCCUAUACCAGUAUGUUAUAGUCCUCAGGGCUUGCUCAAUUGAAGGUUUUUCGGGUUGUUGGUUAGGGCAGUCGAGGGAACGGUCCUCCAAACUAAAUUUAUUUCCUCAAUCAAAAUCAGUACCAGUUUUUUCUUCCCUAAUCA